AUGCUCUUCCAAGAUUUACUUGCACCUGAACCUUGGGGCCCCUUCGUGGGAAAGGGUAUUUCACAGUUGGCCAACAUGUCUGUUUUUAUGGUGUGUAGAUUGACUGAAUGGAUCCCUCAAAUUGCUUCAAACAAAACCCAAGCCAACACUAUACUGCAGCAUUUGACUAAGAAUUUCAUAGAAGAAAAGAAUCAUACUAAUUCCACCAGAGCCUUGAAAUUUCCAGAUGGGACAAGUGCUAUUUGGUAUAUACUUACCAUCUUUGGUAUAUAUGGCAUCAUAUUUUUCUUUUUGUUGGCCAGCAAUAUCCUCCAGAAUGAAAAGCGCUUGGAAGAUAUUUAUUAUCCAAAUCUCACAACUGAGCUAAAAAAAAGAGUUUCAAGAUAAACACACCAAAC